AACCAGGUUUUAAGAGGAAAGCUCUCCAAAGCCACAGGUUCUGGAGGACAUCGACUCCAAGUACCUGUUUGCGCAUGCCAUCUAGUUGAACUAAAACUUACAGGUUGCUGAAAACUGCGUGGUUGUAAUUUAUUCUCUUUCUUACAAAAAGCCAAAUUAUGGCCGAGGAAGCCGCGAACAAUGUGGAAAUGUGGACAAUUGUGGACGUGAAUGCUACUCCUGCAAAAAAUGGAUCAGGUAGGAUUAUUAACGCUAUAUUCAAAUAAGCUUAUAGCUAUUCACGGUGGAUAUAAACCGGGAAAAAUAUCACAAUUAUUUUUUAAGCCUCUUCAAAUAGUUUACUCGAUAUUGCGUUUUAAGUGUGAAUGUAUUUGUAAUCUGGCGGUAAACAAGUUGCAAUAUUACUUCGAAUUGGAUUUGGUACUCCUUUUUAUCUUAAUGGACUCGAAAAGAUUUAGCUCUCGUUGAAUUUCCAGCCUUUGUUGGGACCUCUCAGUUGGUUUCGUGUGCGUAAUGCGUAUUCUGUGGUGAGCACAAUUUUAAAAAUCGUCAGGUAAUUUGCACUAUUACAUAAUUGCGAGCCCCUUUAUAUGCGUUUGGUCGUUUUUACUGUCGAAGGACUACAAACGACAUUUACACCUGUAAAAGUGAAUUAGUAUUGAGCAACGUUGAGUUAAUAUUUAACUUGAAAGUCGCAGUAUAUUUUUGGAUUCUCUGCAUGCAUGAUGAAGCAAAAUCUAAUUUUACCAUGUGCAGCGAACCACAUCGACAACGUUGACGUGAAGGACGCCGCGAAGAGAAUGGAAGAAACUGGUAGCCCAACGCUUAUAAACCAUGAAGAAACCCAAGAAAGCCUCGAUACAACCUCUGCAAUGCCAGGAUUGUCUACUAGUGGAAAUAGUUUGGUUUUUAACACGAAAUACGAAGGCCCAGGGACAGAUGUGAUCGCAAACGUAACAAGUGUUGGAGACCUCAGAGAAAAGGUCGAACUAUCUUGGAAAAAUAUCAAUGUUUUUGUUCCCCAACCCAGAGCUUCUAUCUGCCGGCGGGUAUGUUGUGGAGAGAAAGAAGAUGAGCCCAGGAUCAAACAGAUCUUAUUUGAAGGUAAGAGUACCGGGCUACCUCGUAAAUAAAAGGUCUUGGUAACAGCUGGUGCAGCAAUGAAGUGUUCAAAACCUUCUUGAUCCAGCUCGUAGGAUUUCAACUAUCAGACGUAACAUUUCCUCCACCUGAGUCUUAAAAUAUGACCACUGUAGCUUUUCACAAGGCUUUUGUUCUAUUUCGAGGAAUCCAUAAACGGGUUAGCGUGCAGCGAGAUAGGUGCAGUUUUGUUUUAUUAAGUUGGAAACUAUAUGCUAAACUUACGUGUUCCGAAUUCAAGUUACGUAAUAUGCGGUUGGUGAAUAAUUUGGAAAACAUCAUGCAAAGUUGUGGUUCUUGCCAAACGAUGUAAUCAUCGGGUGAAAUGAAAUGUAAACAAUUCUUUGUGAUGAGGUACAGACUAAACGUUCAACAUUUGAAGCAAAUUAUGUAGAAACUCUUUUAAACUUUUCAUAUGAAGGGAAUUGGAGGUCAAUUCGUUCUCACUUGAGUUAACUAAAUUAUGCCACGUCACAUAAGCCACCUCAGAUGGGCCACAUUUAUCUUAAUAUUACUAUACAUAUUCUCCAAACUUUCCUCAGUCUAUACUAUUUCAAAGAUACUGAUAAGGAGAAUUUGCCUGGGGAAUUUGUCAAUGUCUCUAAGGAUGUGAUAAAUGCGAUAAAAGAAAAUUUAAUUGCAAAGAGCACAAAAGAUGCUAAAGAAAGAUAUAAGGUUUUGCUGAUUUUAUUGCACAAACCUGCUUAAACUCCUCUCUUAUCUUGAGUAAUCACCACAAUUGUAACAAAAUAUGUUGAAUGCUCUUCUUUUUAUUAACAGAAUUUACAACAGAAUUGGAAAGCACCUGAGUAAUUACACUAAAACAAUAAUCAGUUUGCUUCAGGCUUAGUGAACAUUAAUUGAAUAUUCCCUUGACUUUGUCAUAGGGAUUACUCAGCAAUAUUCACUCCGCCUUCAGUGAAUAAUUGUUAACUAUUUCAAAACCAAAAAUUGAUAAUCUGUAUGUGACAGGUUGUAUUCAUCUCACAGGACAGUGUUUGACAGACAAGAAUAAUUUUUUUUUUUUUUAAACAGUAUAGAUCACAGAUUAUGCCUCUCAACUGUGACAUUAUUUCAUGUGGGCUUAAGUGAACUAUUAACUUUGAAAUCAAACCCUGUUUGUUUGACAGAUAAACCUGUAAUUCUGGAAUAAAGUUAAACUUUUUAAAAGUAAACUUUGUGAGCUCACAUUGUUUAUAGAUAAAAAUUGAAAUGCAAAUGUCUGAUUAAGAUGUCUGAUUAAGAUGUCUGAUUAAGUUGUCUGCUUAGUAAGAAUUUGUGAAACAAAUUGAAAUUGUUCAUUUUUUUGUCUACAUUCCCUUCAAUUAUGAUGAAUCUACUGACUACAUACAAGUUCAUUAAGAGGAAAAGAUGAAGGAGAAAUUUCUAUCCUGACAAGUCUCCUAGCUCCCCUCCUAAAUUGGGUUCCACUUUAUCCAGCUAGUUUUCACUGUAUGGUAAAGUUUCAAUUCAUUCCUGAGCAUAGAUGUACAAAGUGUGGUGUGUUUGUCUUUUAAUAGUCAAUGGGAAAAUUGAGGCUGGGACGCUGUUGGCUGUUAUGGGAUCAAGGUAACAAUCAAUUCAUGAGAUUUUGUUAUCUUAGCCCUUUAACUCCCAGAUCAAAUUUGUAAUUCCCCUUACUGUCAACCAUACAAUUCUUAUAAUGUUAGUUCAAAGAAUUAAGUAUUGGAUCAAGUAAUUAUCCCCAAAUUGAUGCUUUUCUUUAUUUUCAUCACUUAUCUGGUUGGUAUUGUAUUGAUAUUGUAAGGAGAAAUUCUGUCUCGGUCACUCACGGGAGUUAAAGGGUUAAGCCGAUGAUUUAUUAUCGAGUCAUAUUUUGUCAGUGUAACAGCAUAAUAACCCAUGCAGAUUGAUUUAUAAACUUUUUGAGUUGGGUUAUCAUGCUGGUGAACUGAUAGAAAAUCAUCAUUUACAUGGGAAUCAUUUGGUUUCCUUUGGUUGAUUAGGAGUUGUGUUAAAGGCCAGGAGUGGAGAGGAGUCGAAGAUGUCUCGAGUUGCAAAUUUAAUUGCUGGUUUUUCUUGUUUUUGUUCAUUAUGACUCUUGUUUUGCUCAUUGUUCUCUGGGCACUUUAGGAACCAAAAUGCUAAGAAAAAAUAAUUUAUUGAAUGAUAAGACUGUUCACUGAAUACAAACUCUUUUCCUUCCCCCUCUAAAGUGGAGCUGGUAAAUCCACCUUAAUGAAUGUGUUAGCACAUCGCAACAUUGGUCAGGUGCAGGUGAUGGGAACAGUGGAAGUGAAUGGGCACCCUGUUGGUCUCGAAAUCAAUGCCUUGUCAGCGUAUAUCCAACAGGAAGACUUAUUUAUUGGAUCACUGACAGUUAGAGAACAUCUGAUAUUCCAGGUAUUUUCUGUGCUUGUUUUGGUGUUGUCCAAGUAAAAACGUCUCUUACAAACUAAGUUUGAAGUCCCAUACUGUAAGUUAUGGAACAGGCUUUUUCUGCUCUGAUUAUGGUCCAUGCAUGACAUGCACUGGCCUUAAACUCAAGCAAACAAGAAACAGGUUCUGUAACAUACAUUUCGAACUGCAAAAAUAAGGCUUUGACAAACUUUUGAAUUUAGUGGGCUGUGUGGUGGAAUACUGUAAGUUAUGGAACAGGCUUUUUCUGCUCUGAUUAUGGUCCAUAAAUGAAGUAUCCUUCCAAAAACAGUUAAUUAAACCAAUUUCGAACUAUUCUGUUUUUGAUUAUUUGUCAUAAACUUGUUAGAUGAAUAUACCAUCCUAAAAUAGUUAAUUAAAUCAAUUCUAUUCUGUUUAUUAUUUGUCAUAAACGUGUCACAUGCCAUCAAUCUGUUGUGUGUCACCCAUAUAUACUGUAAAUUAUAUAGUUUUUUCCUAUUUAUUUAUGAUGUAAUGUCACAUGGUUUUGCUAUUUUUACUUGUGAUUAAUUAUGACAUAUUGUUUGAAGCUGAUUCAUGUUUGUUUGAGUCAUUAAUAUAUAAAUAUAUGUACAACUUAUGUAUGCUACAUGCUGUGUUUGUGAUUGUAAGAUUGAAGCAAAAGUUUGGUGUAAAUGGUGGAAAUAUUUUUGCUAAGGACAAAUAAAUUAGGCAUCUAAAAUGUUUGUUUUAUUUAAUAUUAGCUUUUUUUCCAUGGCCAGUAAAUCAUAUAAUCCAAAAUUGGGAUUACAAAGAGGGCUCAAAUUCACACCCUUACCCAGGCAAGUUUCAAAUUCCCCACCUCUCAGGAUGUUGAAGUGUUGAACUGAUUGAAAUGAUCACCCACUAAAGAAGUUCUUGAAUAUUUACGAAAUUCUUUUUGCCAGCAUGACACCUUAUUUAGGAAAUGUAUUGAGAACAGUAUAGAGCAUGUGCAUACUGAUAUUAGGGUUUAAAGUGUUUUUGUUUUAGACAAAGAUUGAUUUUAAUCAAUUCAAUGAAUUCAAUUGUUGUUUGAAAAUAGGCUCUUCUUCGUAUGGAUAAACACACAUCCAAGGCAAAACGAGAGGAGCGUGUAGAGGAAGUCAUGCUUGAGGUAACUGCAUUGAAAUGAUUUAAUUUAUGUCUUCUGCUUUGUGCAAGGGUUUCUUUUUAAAUGGCUAAAUGGAAUAGUAGAGUACCAUGGCAUUAUUUUGAUUUGUAAAUCUCCUUUGUUCUAUCAACUAGCUUGGUUUGAAAAAGUGUGCAGACACAGUCAUUGGUAUUCCAGGAAGACUGCGUGGAAUUUCUGGUGGAGAGAAGAAACGCUUAGCAUUUGCAUCAGAGGUGGGUAUGGUGAUUAAUGGUGAAUACAUGUCCUUGAAUGCAUCUUUUGGCAUAAAGUUACCAGAGGAUUUCAGUUUCCAAGUGUCCUUUUGGCUAUUGGUUUGGGUUGCUAAUUAACUUUUGGCCUUAUUGUGAAUUUCAAGAAGGGAAAUUUAAACACUUCAAGUCCCAAGAUUUAGUUCAUAUUUCAUUUAAAUUUCUUCUGCAAGGAUAGACAAGGGAAUAGCAGAGAAUAUGAAGUCUUAUGUCAUUAUCAUACCCUCCAACUGAUUAGUUUGGUAAUAACAUGCAUGCUAUAAACUACAGAUAGAUAGAUCACAGGUUUGUGCAUUUAACUAUACUCAGUGUUUUCAUUGUGGGAAGUAGACUCAGAACAAAGUGAGUCCACCAUAUUGGGCAAAUUGGGUACCAAGAAACUGUAAGGGAUUAUAAACCAGAUGAAAUGCUGGGGGCCCUUUAGAAAUGACCACCACCAAUACCAGUGGUCAGUCAAGUAAAAAUGAUCUAAUCCUAGUUGCUUCAUUCUUUAGAAAUAACUUGGCUAAGCUUUUAGUUAUUGCACAUCAGAGUGCCCAUUGUAUACUGGCUUCACCUUCAUUUCUUUUUUCUUCCAAGGUGUUGACAAACCCUCCACUACUUUUUGCUGAUGAACCAACAUCUGGCCUAGAUGCAUUCAUGGCGCAGAGUUUAAUAACAUCACUUCAACGUCUUGCAGCCAGUGGUCGAACUAUCAUGUGCACAAUUCAUCAGCCAUCUUCUGAAGUGUAUGCUAUGUUUGACAGGUAUAGUUUUGAUUGUUUCUCAGGGUAGGCCACAUGUAGCAACUACUCUGACAAUAAAAUGAUUGCAUUUUGACCACAAGGGAUUGCAAUCUCAGAAUUAAUGCCUGACUCAGUAUCUGAGAAACUGCACCUACCCAUCCCCUAAUCAAACAAUAGUCAGCUGAUGACAAGUUGGGGUUAAUAUUGGGCUAGGGGAGGGUUAGGUGGGCAGUUGCUCAGAUACUGACAUUGAUCACAAUCUCACAUAGAGAAAUGCACUUCUGUAAAUUAAUGUCAGUCUUGGAGAAACCAUGUAUUAAGGCAUUUUGGAUCACUUGUGCAUUGUUUUUGGGUGGAGACAUAUUUCAGUUAUUUUAAAUUCAACUGACUCUGAUACUCUCCUUUUAAUGUUUGACAACCUGAUAAUGUUUCAUUUAUCACCUUUUAUUAAAACAUUUGAUGAAGAGAGGUCAAGGUCUAAAAAGAACUGUGGAGAGACUUGAGAUUUGGAAGGGUUUUGAAGCUCAAAGUGGUAGCAUUUCAAAGCAAAUACAGUAGUGUGAGUGUAAAUGUUUCUUUUCAAGCUAGAGUUGCAAAUUCGUUUCCCAGGUUGAUACAUGGGCAUGCAAUAAACACCAAACCAAUAAGAUCUUUUCUUUCUUUAUUCCUUUUCCUAUUCCUUGGGGCGUUAUUAUAUUGAAGCAGUCAACUGAAAUUAUUACAUAAAGAAAUCACCCAAGUAUCGUGAUCAUAGCUUAAAAAUAAUCUUGAUUUUGGAAAUGAGCAUGCAGCAAUUAAAAGAACCAAAGGAAAGGUUAAAACACAAGUGAUAAAUUUUACUUUGAGUAAUGACUACAAGCUAGAUAACAUAAUCACUGAACAACUUACUGCUUACCAAAGUUCACAGGUCUUGAUUACUUUAUCAAGGGUUACAGUCUAACUUGUCUUCUAUUCAAAAACAAUCUUGAUCACACGAGGUCUUAUCUUGAACUGAAAGGCUAACUAUAAUUUUCUGUCUAUAAAGAACUAAUCACAGGGGUGUCAACCUAACCAGAAAAUAUUUUGCAGUUUUUCUCGGAAGUUGUAAGACUUAGCUUCAACAGAAGCAGUUACAAUGAGUGCUUAUAAAAUAUGCUGAGAAUUUGUGACCUUUACCAGCAUUGACAUCAGAGGUAUCCUUAAGUGUUCUGCUUCAAUUUAUCAUUGUUUAACUGUUCAUUUUUUUUAGCAUUUUGCUGAUGGCUGAAGGUAGAGUAGCUUACAUGGGUUCCACAGCUGAUGCAAUACCUUACUUCAGUGGGUAUGUUAAUGAAUGACUCUGAUAUCCUAUUGAAUGGGAGGGUAGGUGCUGCAACUAAGCUGGUACUGCUCACCUCCAAGCAUUUUCCAAUAUAACACUGACAAACCAAUUUGUGGAAUGGAUACUUGCCAAAACGGGGGGUGUGAGGGGGAGGAAGAGAAUAAAAGCAUGGAAAGCAGCAAAGCAACUGAGAAAAAACACAUGGUAAUGCCCCUGUGCAUGUACACCACCCAGAAGCCUUCCACAUCUGGUUGAUGAUUGAACUGUUACUCUUGCAUUCAGUUUAACCUUAUGUAAAUUAUGUUCAGCCUUAUGUAGCAUUCUUUUGUCUCUCUUGCAGCCUUGGGUAUCCCUGUCCCAUGAACUUCAACCCUGCAGAUUACUUUGUCCACACUUUGGCUAUUGUGCCAGGAGAUGAAGAGCGCUGCAAGGAAAGAGUUAAGGUAAAGUGUAGUUAGCAAGAAAUGGUUGUUAGGGGAACAGUAGAAAUUCAGGGGUCAUAUAAAAUGAAUGCUUUUCUAAUAUUGGGUUGAUUGGAUGGUGGCAGACAUGGUGGCUUAACCCUCUACACCCUAACAUCAGUAUGCAUAUUCUCCAUACUGUUCUCUGUACAUUUACAAAGGUGCUGACAAGGAGAAUUUGUCUAACAAUCAAGAGUUUCUUUAUUUGGUGAUCAUUUCCCUUAUUCUCAUGACAUUGAUGUGCGAUUCAGUGCUGAUACUGUAAGGAGAAAUUAGAUGCCAGUCACUCUAAGGGGUUAUUUAGUCUGGUGGACUCCAGGUGGGGAGGUCUGGAUGUGAAACAGGGCCAGGUCAUUGUGAUGUGUUAUUAGGCAAGACAUUGUACAUACUCAAACUGCCCCUUCCAACUCAGUAGUCUAAAUGGAUUCUGACAAAUUGUUAGGUAGACCAUUUGAAAUACAAGGGGUAACCUGUAAUGGACUGGCCUCCCAUCAAGGCAUACUCGCUUAGCUACAUGUUAAAUACUUCAAGUCCCUCCUAGUUGUGGAGACUAGUAUUAGCUCUGUGCCUCAUUAACCCUGUACACCACAACAUCGAUAUGCAUAUUCUCCACAAUGUUUUCCAUACAUUUAAGAUCUUCUCUGGUUGGUGAUCAUUUCCUUUAUUCUCAUGACCUUAAUGUGUGACCCAGGGGUGAUAUUGUAAGGAGAAAUUAGAUGCCAAUCACUUUCAGAGUUCAAAGGGUCAAGGGUGCCUGGCUUGAGUGUAGACACGAUAGUGGCAUAGUUGUUAGCUCAAAGGACCCACCUUCAGUUUGGAAAGUCUAAGUUCUAAUCCUCAAUCAGGUCACUUCAUGUGCAAGGAGUGUUCUUUGGCAAGGUGGGUACCAGUAAAUUCUCAGGAAAACCUCGAAAAGUUGCAGGUGGAGGGGGCUAACUGCAAUAUGGUCUAGAAUUCAAACCAGAUGGAGGACUGAUACUCAAAGUUGCUUUAAACAAAUGAUGCCGGGAUAAUCAGGUCAUUCAAUCUCGUAUGGAAAUCAAACCUUAAUCUGUGAUUUGUUGUGAAAAUUUCUUUUUGCCAUAUAACUUAAGGCUUUUGUCAGAAAUCAAUGUGAUUUUCUUUUCCUAUCUAGGAAAUCUGUGAUGCAUACAGUGAACGUGCAGCAGAAAUUGCCAAAGAAGAAAGUGGGCUUGACAGACAGGUUUGUGGCAGUUUAAAAUGAUCUUUAAAGCCCCGGCUCAGAAUUUCUUGUUCAUACGGUGUGAUGUGUGUCAAAAGCAGAAUUAUGACUAAAUUUUUAAGCUCUCUAUGGCUGCUAACUAUCUUUUCUAUGAGAUGUUAACAUGCACUCUUCACUUUCUUGACGAUGUGAAUGGUGAAACCCAACUCUCCCCUCCCCCUCCCCUCACCCUCACCCUCACCCUCACCUUGCUCCAUUACAGUCACGCCUCAUUUCCAGAGGGAGGGGGGGGGGGAGGAGGUGGGUGAGGCAGAAAGAAGAGAAGUCCUGGUGACGUGGCUACCUCCAAUACUCUCCUUCAAAUGCGUGAAAGAAUAGUAACAGUAACUGUGCAUGUAAUGUUAGGACUAACUGGACUAUGCUACGAAGUGCCAAUAAUCUUUUAACUUCCAUUAGUGACAAACAUAUACCUUCCCUAGCUGAUUUUACAGAGGGAAAUGAGGACGCAGAGUAUUAAGCGACUGGAGCCCAAACCUUUUGAGAUCUUCAUGUGCCAUCCGAAUUCGUCUCUUCCUUCUCUUACCGUCCGUAGCCAGGUUUGGUGCUCUCUCAUUACUUUAGCGCUUUUCUUAUAUUUCAGGAUUCCUUCAAAGGAGAUGUUCUUUUCAAGAAGCAAUCACCGUAAGAAUUUAUACUUAUCCUUGUACUAAUACUACGCGAGUUCGUACUGUUGUUAGUGUGUCAUGAACCAGGUCGUGUCUGUCACGCGUCUGCUUGAGAAAUUUAUAUGUGUACAUUUUGUUCUAAUCCGGCUGAAAAGAAUGGUAGAAAAAUCGCCCAGAAUUUUCAUUACUUUUACUAGGGUCUUUUGGAAAAGGCGAGUGAAUUUGAACUCUGUUUUUCUUUUCAGAUAACUUGCAUUCUGUGUCGCCUUUUUUGCAUAAUAUUGUUAAAAGGUUACACUUUUGUAAUUCUAUUUUUCGUAGAUACAAAGUUUCCUGGUGUCGACAACUUUGGGCCGUCUUGUGGCGCUCUUGGAUUACCAACAGUAGAGACAUUAUCAUUUUCAGAAUUAGAAUAUUUCAAUCAAUUGUGAGUUGUUUCCAUAAUUUAGUCAAACGUAUGUUACUAUUGUAGACCCAGACAAUGGCUUAAAAUCAGUGGCAAAGUGCCUAAAAUACUGAUUAAAAGACCACUCCUGAAAGGAGUUCGGAACCCCUACUUCCCUUCUUCCCCCCCCCCCCUCUUCCUUCCUUCGCACCCUCCGAAAUUCAGCUGCGAAAUGUUCGCCAUUGUAUUGGGUUUGGGAGGGAGGAGAGGGAGAGGCAAACACCUUCACAGCAUUAAGGAACAUUUUUACAGUCUUAGCCCUUUUGCCACUGAUUGUCGCUAAUUACGUUCUUCGUCGUCAUAGAUAAUGUAAAUUCGAGACAUCGUUUUUCCUUUUAUUUUAGAAAUGUAAAUUCGAGACAUCGUAUCAUGUAAUGACAAAUCACAGUGUAUCUUGUUCAUUAAAAAUGUUGUACUUCUCAUGCGCGAGCAAUUUCGGUCUGUUUUUCUUACCUUUUUAAUGUAAACAACUUCUAAACAAGUCGCAAAAUAUAGCGUAUCUCUGUUCAUUGAUCUUAAUCUCUCUCUCUGUUAACUUUACGUAGGUUACUGCGCUGAUCGCUGGAUUAAUCUAUCUUCAAAUACCUUAUGAUCAAGAUGGUAUUCAGAACAUUGCUGGCGUAUAUUUCUUUCUAGUUACAUCUACUUCGUUUUCCAAUCUUCAGGGAGUCCUCUUUGUAAGUAUAUCAACACUAAAGUGCAGAUGUUUCUCUCCUUUUCCUACCCUCGAAAUUGAUCAAUAAGCAUAGCUGUAAGAAAAAAGCGAGAAAUGAUCCAAGAAAUUUACCCUUUACACCUGACGAUCAGCGUGCAUAUUCUCCUUUCUGAUCUCUACACGUUCCUUAAGACGAUAGAGGGGAUUUGUUUAACAAUCAAAAGCUUCCUUUGUUGGUGAUCAUUUCCGGUAUUCUCGUGACCUUAAUGUUUGAUUCAGUGGUAACAUUGUUAAGAGAAAUUAGAUGCUAGUCACUCCUAAAGGUCAGAGGGUUAAUCGUAUUUCAGAAAACGUGUAGGUUUACUCUACGAAUUUCAAGUGUGUUUUGUGUCCUCAUCAUUUCGGAUAUAUUUCAGGGGAAAACUGAAAAAUUUGAACUACUGCACAAGUAUUGAAGUAAUACUUGAUUUCUUUACAGGUGUUUCCAGUUGAACUACCUGUUUUUAUACGAGAACACAAAAAUGGAAUGUACAGAACAGACGUCUACUAUCUCGCGAAGACUUUGUCCGAGGUACCGUGAUGUGGAAUUGAUUUGAUUUGUAGUUACCAUCAAAAUCACUCAACACUGAUCGCCAAGUAUUCUUCUGGAAUGUUAUUAUGCCGAAAGGAGCUAAUCCAUGGAACGUAAAAGCAGCAAAACUGUUAGCAGCAACGAUAAUAAGUUCGAAAGAGGAGUGUCAUCGUUUUUCUCACGACUAAGUCACUAAUCAACUUGUGAAUAAAUAAAAUGCGAGAUUUCUAAUUCGGGCUGACCAUUACAUUAAGUAGUGAUAGAUUUCUCGGCAAGUUCCAGGGUCUUAUGUAAGAGGUAAUCUGGUUUUAUCAACUGAGUUGAUAAUGUAAAUUAGCCACCGUAAAGAAUUUCAAAGCGGACGUUUCGUGCGUUGACCCUUCGUCAGAGCUAAUGGAGGAAUUGUGGGCUAUGUGUGUGUUUAUAUGCAGAAAACGGAGCUACGCUAUCGGUGGGAACACGGUAACGAGAAAAACAAGAAUAAAUUAGUUGAAUGAAUAGCGUUUGUUGAUACCGUGGUAAUCAAGAGUGCCGUUUUGAGGAAAAAAAUUUUCGUUCUACAGUUUUGCGGCUUCCCGAACUGCCUAGAUGUAAGGAAAGGCCGCAGACUGCCUUAUGCUGCUUAGAAUGAUUAGGGAAAUUAAAGUAUCUAGCAGUACCACAGUUCCUUUAGAAGCUUACGCCCUUUAUUCAUUUCUUAGACCAAAGGGUCAAUGAUACGCGAAUGAAUUGGUGGAAUUUUAAACAUGUGAUCAAUUUUUUUUCGUAGGUGCCCAUUUUUAUCAUUACUCCUUUGCUUCUGACCGGUAUUUCGUAUUGGAUGAUUGGUAAGAAAUAUUUUUAAAAGAGACGUGUUUUACUCCUUGAUUAUUUUAUACAUCAAGUGUGCAGCUAGGGAGGGGAGAGGAGGUCUGGGAGUGCCCGUGACCUCCCCUUUGUAACCCUUUUUUUUCACUUAAAGUGAAACACGGCGUGGAGGUUGACAGUGUGGUGAAUUUUCGUUGAACUAUUAGCACAUUUUUCUCGUAAGAGUAGUUAGAGUAGUGUUGCUUUUUAAUCCAAAGAGACUAUUAAGUUCUACUAUUCUUUUUUGGCAGGUUUGAGGGAUAGAUUUUUAAAUUUCGUAAUCUGUUACGCAAUUAUGGUUUUGGUAACAAAUGUGGCGGUCUCCUUUGGUAAGUGUUGUGUACCUUGAUCACGUCAACAAGCUUUCAUGUUUACGUAUGGUUCAAUCCAACAAUGUUGCGAACGAUGUUGUUCAACGAACGCUCCCAACGAACGAAUCCGAACGAACAAAUUUGAACGAGAGAACGAACGUAUAGUAACGGCGGCCAAUCGAAAGGUUAAUCGAAUGAGCCAACGAGUUAGUUGGAAGUACUAUUCAACUUCCGAAGAAAUGAUCAAGAGAACUGAGCAACAGUGUUGCACCCACAAAGCACGAAAACUUCGAACGAACAACCAUCAACCAAACAAUCCAACCAAUGCACGAACCAUGAAUGAUCAAAUCAUCGACCUAACGAACAAUCACACCGUAGAACCAACGGGCCAACAGUGUGUCCACUAUUGCUGACAAUCACAAAUAUUUUUCAGGGUACAUCAUAUCGACAAUAGCACCAACCAUCACUGCAGCAACAUCUUUGGGUCCUCCACUUAUGUUACCUUUAUUGAUUUUCGGAGGAUUCUUUCUCAAGUCGACGUAAGUUGUCUCCCUUGUCUUCAUUAUUACGUACCUUGAAUACAUCUACACUGUAAACAUUUGUUGUGUGAGACGCGGUGGCCUAGUGUUGGCGUGCUGAACUCGAGAAGUCUGGGUUCGAGCCUUAGAUGGAUCACUGUGUUCGGUUCGUGUGCAAAAUGCACGGGGCCUUUCCACUCGAGUAAAAAUGGGUAGCAUGCAGGGGACUGUUUGGGAGACCUGGUGAAAUGGUAACGAACGAUGGAGCAGCUUCUAACCUUGGGAGUGCAGCAAUGGUUAAAGAAGCACCAACAUGUGAUCACUCAUGAAUAUAUAUUUUGGUGCUUCUUUCCCUCAAUAAGGUCAUUGGGCUUUGUAGGAGCUCUCUUUCUAAAUUUGUUUUCUACAUUUUUUGAGAGAUUUUCCUGUUAUUGUUGGGUUUUUUUUUGGUUUUUUUUGUUUGGUUUUUUUUGUCGUUUUAUGUGUGUGAUUUUGUGAUCUGCGAAAAAAGGCACCGUUAACUUGGAAGAAACUUAUCAAAGAUCAAAUUUUGUUCUGUGAGAUGGACAAAAAAAACCGCGUAACUGUCUACAGAAUAUCAAUGUGUUCAUGAUCUCGUGAGAAGUGGAAGUAAACCAAGUCGGAACGAUUAUGGCUAAGGAGGGAGAAGAUAUCAAUUCUGCUGUUUUGAUAAGGACAACUAAAGUGGGCUCCGAUAUGAUACCGCUAACACAAAGUCACCCAGUGUAAACUUCACCGGCAGUCUGCAUUUUCGUUGAUGAAUUAAAAAACUGGACCCCCAUUCACUCACUUCUUGUUUUUUUGUUUCAGAUCGGUGCCGGUUUAUUUUGUGUGGCUGAAGUACAUUUCUUGGUUUAUGUAUGGCUUUGAAGCUCUCAUUAUCAACCAGUGGAAAGACUAUGGUUCUAUCAGUAUGUUUUGUGUUGUUUAUUGUUUCUUUUGAAGCCCUGUUCAUCAACCAGUGGAAAGACUUGGAUUCUCUAAGUAUGUUUGGUAUUGUUUAUUGUUUCUCUGGAAUCUCCAGUAAGCUUCUGUCUCCAAAACGCUCAGCCAAACAAGAAUGUAACGUGUCCUGAAAGCGUUUUAUACCGUUGACGAAACCGUGUUUUGCUCCUAGGUUGUGGUACAAAUGCUACAGCUACACCGCCAGUUGUUAACGGUACCGGUGCAGUUCCGGGAGAAAAAGGGUUUUGUAUAAAGAACGGAAACCAAGCCAUCGACUUCCUGGGCUUUAAAGAGGUACGUAAAGAAUAGGUGACCUCGUAGAAAACUAAUUUGGAAGACUUCUAUUGGUGGAACAAAUUUCUUGUAAACAGAUAAAAAUGUCAAGAAGAUAUACUGCACGAAAACUUGAAAACAAAGAUCAACCAUUUUGAAGCCCGGAUUUUCUUCUGUACGCCAUAUCAAAAUAGACCACGUUAAAUGUUGCCAUAUUCCUGUAUUUCUUACCAUUUCUUACUGUGCAGGCACCGAAACUGCCGCAUUACAUUAACCCUCUUCUUAGGUCAAAAAUAAAAUCAUUGCGUUGCCUUGCCAGCUUGUUAUUUUGUUGAAGCAAGAGUUCGAUAACUUUUUUUUUCUUAUAUUUUUUUUACUUUUAGGACAAUUUGCUGUUCGACGUGUACUGUCUCAUAGCUUUAAUGGUUGGCUUCCGUGUACUUUCCUUCUUGUUUUUGCUGAGAAGAUCUUACAAACAACAGUGAUCUCUACUCCUUUCUUUAAAACACUAUAGUAUGCACUCUAUCGUUAUUUUGUUUAUUCUCUGCUCCUUGGAGGCUCUUGUACUUGUACUUAGGCGGGUGUUGCGGUGGAAACAUGAGGAAGGCCAAAAUGGAAGGUGCUCAGCGUACGAUUGAAGGAGAGAUGAUUCAUCUUUUCUUUCGAAGCGCACCUUAGACUGGUAUCCUCCUCUUCUUGAAUAAAGAGAGUUUAUUCAUGUAGAAGUUUUAGGUAAAGAAACUAAGCCGUAGUAAAAAUAGGCUGUGGCCGAAAUUUUUUCAACAUUUUCGCCCAUUACUCGUUAAUUUUUGACUUCUUUGUUUUUUUUUCCUGCUUGUUAUCAUUUACCUUCUCAAAAAUUACCAGAUGAAGUUUCUCUAUGACUGUGUGUUGCAGCUGAUUAAUUAUUGAUCAGCAUCCAUAGACUGACAUGUGACUGUACCUGUUACGCCUCGUUGUUCAUGACCUGAUGUAUUACAGGAGAGUACAUGCGAAUUAAGUAUAUAUUCUAUAUUUGUAGUUUAUAACAUUAUAUCAAGUUUACUUUGAUAUACAAUAUAUCUGAUGAAGCAGUAAACUGUUUUUUUUCUUUAGUUCAUAAUUUUUAACGAUAAUUCAUGGUAUUACGUAGAAUGUGGAAAAAAAAAUCCUGCAGUAACUCAGGGUAAAGCUCUUGCUAAGAAAAGCAUCGAUAAAAAUGAAAAAUGUUUCCUACACGAUUUAUUAGCGGUUAUCAGUUUUGCGUUAGCGGAGUUGUAUUGAGUUAAUCAGCUGCGAUUUAAAAUUUUCUAACCUGUCGCAAGGACAUUGUUGCGAUUCUAUAUUUGUAGUUUAAAACAUCAAGUUUACUUUGAUAUACAAUGUAACUGAUGGAACAGUACAUUGCGGUUCUUAAUAGUUAACAAUUUUUUAUCGAUAAUUUAUAGUGAUACGUAGAGUAUAGAAAAAAAAGCCCUGUAUUUCGCGGUAACUUAAGGUAAAGCUUUUGCUAAGAAAAACCUCGGUAAAAAUGAAAAAUGUUUCCUACACGAUGCAAGUUGUAUGAGACGUCACUAAAUGUUUUGUGUUACGAAAAGUACAUUUGUAGCCUAGUGUAGAUUACAUCGAAAUGAACUUGUCUCUGAAUGGUCGUUUCUUAUUUUGUUCAGAUUACC